AGUGACUUAUUGCUGAAAAAUAAAACAAAAGAAACCAAACCCUAAAAACUAGUAAUAACUGCCCACCACCAAGGGCCCAACAAACAUUAAACCCGGCCCAACCCCCUUUCGUCCCAGCAAGGGACAUCCAUGCUGCGGGCCGCCACACCCACCGCCCAACAACCUAUUGCCAUCCACCCUCCUUCGACCACCGUAAGACAACACUACGAUCCGGCAGGGACCUAACACCAUUAAAUCCCUCUCUAACACACAAGAGCCUCUAAUUCUCUGAAGAGCAAAACCAGAUGAGGGGCACCCACCGUCGCCCUCUUCCAACCCAUCAUCAAGGGAUCGCCUUGCUGCACCUACCCUCCGAUCGCCGACCAUCUCUCCUGCCCUCCAUCUUCCUUGUUGCGCCAACAAGCAACGCAGCCCCUCUAGACCAUCCCCCUCCUCAGGAAGGCAUCAAACAAACCAAAUCAGAUCAGAAAGAUCCGAUACGAUCUGCUCACAACCAAUCCCGAUCUUGCCGGCAACCAUUCUUUACCUACAGAUGACCACCCUACUUGCCAUCCACGCUCCGAUCUAAGGCGGAUCGAUCCUGACAUCACCAUCCAUCCCUCAAGCCUCGUCUGUCUCACCCCGACGAGGCCUGCAAAUACUCGGAACAGCAAGGCCACCACCCAGCAUGCUCCGACCACGCUCCACCGAUCUAGAUCCUUCCAAUCUGGCGAUGAGGAUUUGCAACCCGACCCUAUCUAUCCUCCUUCCUACACCAACACUAACCAAGAAGGCAAACAGCUAGAGAAAACUAAGAAAACUAAGAAGAAGAAAAAGAAAGCCCCCUCCCAAUAAGCAAUUUAGAAUCUUCGACCCUACUAUUCUUCUUUAUUUAUUUAUUUAUUUAUUUAUUUUUUUGCGGACCCUCCUUACUUUUGUGUACCUCAGUUUGGAUUUCCCACCAAAUCUAAUUAUCAAGAAACGGCUAAUAAUUUCGCCGCUCUCUCUCUCUCUCUCUCUCACUGUGAAGCCCUACCCUAGGGCUUCGUUUCUUGCUCAGCUAUGGCAGACCCUCACCCUCACUAUGUGCAUCUUGACGAUGUAGAUCUACAGGAAGAGGAUGAAGAAGCCUCAGAAGAACCAUCCGUCAUCGGCGACGUUGAAGACUCAGAACAAGAAGACGAAGAAGAACCAGUGUCCCAAACGGAUCCCAAUUAUGCUCUCUAUCUUUCCAGAAUGGGACCCACUCAUGAGGCCGAAGAAGCCGACUCGGAUUAUGAACGGCAUCUGGUCAGAACCGCUUGCUUUCUGAGCGGCGGCGGUGACGGCAAGCGGAGAAGAAUCGGAAGCCAGGAAACGGCGGCGUUUGACACCGGAGAGAGCUCUCAGAGCAGUCAGUGGAAUCCGAAUGAAAUUGAUGGCUUGUUUUGCCCAAUUUGCUUGGAGGCUUGGACUAAUGAUGGUGAUCACUACAUCUGCUGUCUUCCUUGUGGACACAUUUUCGGUAUGUCCUGCAUUGAAAAAUGGCUAGGCCAGAGUAAAAGACAGGGAAAGUGUCCUCAAUGCAAUGCCAAAUGCAAGUUGAAUGAUGUCAGGAAACUUUUCACGUCACGAGUUAUUUCUGUUGAUGAAGAAUCACAAAAGAGGAUUCGUUCACUUGAGGCUAAAUGUGCUUCUUUUGAGAAGGAGCGAGCAGAAUGGCAUAAGAGGGAAGCAGAAUUGCUAAACGGACAGUGUGUACUAGAACUCAAAAUUCAACAACUUAUGGAGAGCAAAGCAUCAGGAUCAAUCAAUGCUACUGGGGCCUUUGAAAGAAGAUUCGUAUCUGGUAAUAACAUCUUAGAGGGAAGGUCUUAUGGGCUAACAUUUGGCUCUAAUACCUGUGGACAAGCAUCUCCUUGCAGCUUCAAAUUAGAGAAGGAGUUGCAUGUAGCUGGUGCUCAUUUGUUUGAUGUUGAUGCGUCUAACCAAAUUUUGUUAAUUUCGCGAAGGCAUGCUGGGAUAGGUGGAAAAGAUGUGCUUACCAAAAUGAGCCUGAUACCUCCAUAUGACAGAGAUGAUAUUCUUCUUCCUAGCUCUUUAAAUUCUAUCAGGGACCUACGUCUUUCUCCUUCUAACACUAACCUUGCACUCUUUGCUUGCCUAGGGAAGAAAUUGGCAGUUCUCAGUACGGAGAACAACAACGUCAUUGUUUCCUAUGACCUACCGGCUGCUGCUUGGACAUGCUCAUGGGAUCUCAACGAUUCAAAUUAUAUAUAUGCUGGAUUACAGAAUGGUUAUCUUCUGGUGUUUGACAUGCGCCAAACCUCAGGGCCUGUUGAAUCCCUGAAGGGGCUGACAAGCAACCCAAUUCAUACCGUGCAUUCCCUUUCAUAUAAUUCAGCUCUUCCCACUGGUGUUAGAACAGUGAUAUCCGCAUCGUCAAUUGGCUUAUGUCUCUGGAAUUUUGGUGGUGGUGCUGCAAAGGGGCCAAUUUUGGUCCCUGAAACAGAGAACCAAGGAGUUUGUAUAUCUCUUGCAUAUUGCCCUAGAACAGAUGACAUUGUUGCUUCCUAUCGCCCCAAAGUCGAGUUUUCUGAUGAGGCAGUUCUUACACAACCAACUCCUUCACGUGCCAUCGGACAAGGAACAGUCGGUUCCCAUGUUCUUUUAAAGAGAGCAGGCAGCAGCAGUCAUUUUCGGAAGUUGGGAUCUUCAUCUGGCAACGUGUGUGAUAUCGGACUGCCAAAAUCUGCAAUUAUCAACAUAGAAAAUUGUGGCAGUUUGUUUGCAUCUGAAGAUAAACUAUCUUCUGAACUAGUUUUAGAAGAGCUGUCGUCUUUUACUACUGUUCAGCGCCUUAACUUACAGCGAUGUCCUGUUCAGGAUGUGAAGUACACAUCUUUCUUAAGGAAAGGUCUCCUCAGUUGUUUGAAUGGUAACACGCUGCAACUCUUCAGUACCAAGCUUUCAUGAAAUGAGUAGUCUUCAGUUAUCUGUGUUUGAGGUACUAUAGUUGCUGUAGUUGUAUCAUAUUAGCUGCUCAGCAUUAUUUUGAUCAUUCCGAUUGUUACAAUAGUGCGAUGGUCUAUAGGUAAUUUAUGAAAUUAACUGAAAAGGAAAUGGAGAUGACUAGAUGAGAAAGAUUUUCAUUUUC